AGUGGGAAGCGGAUUUCAGGCAGGCAUAUGCAAAAACAGUAAGUUUUGGCUUUGAAAGAAAGGAAAUGGAGAUGGAUGGAUGGAUGGAUGGGACAUGUGGAAGUGAUAUUCAAACUGUCAUCACAAUUGCCCCCUCUCCACCUCUACCUCUACCUCUACCUCUAUCGGCCCCCCUUCCCCUUUGUCUGCUUCUUCUUCCAUUUCCACUCCACUCUCUCUCUCUCUCUCUCUCUUUAUAACUCCAACCACAUCUCUCCCUUCCUCCUCCACUCUCUCUCUCUCUCUCUGAGUAAUCUGAAAACCCAUUUCCCUUUCAUGUCGAAGCAUGGCUAGAGAGUUCUUGUAAUUUUGAUCCGAAACUUCCAUAUAUAUUAGUUUCCUCUUCUCUUCUAGAUCACCUCUCUGUCUACGUGGACGACAUGUCGGCCGCAAUCGCCGCCGCUGCGGCCGCCGCCGCCACUGCCAGAUCCCGCUACAGCUCCAUGUGUGAUGAGAGCGCUUGCCAACAAUUAGCAUCAGUACCGACGCCGCCGCCGCCUCAGCCGCUCCCCCUCAGCCGCUAUGAGUCUCAGAAACGCCGCGACUGGAACACUUUCGGCCAGUACCUAAAGAACCACCGCCCGCCGCUUGCCCUCGCCCGCUGCAGUGGAGCUCACGUGCUCGAGUUUUUAAGGUACCUCGAUCAGUUUGGGAAAACCAAGGUUCACGCAGCCACCUGCCCGUUCUUCGGCCACCCCCAGCCACCGGCGCCUUGCCCCUGCCCGCUCCGGCAGGCGUGGGGCAGCCUGGACGCCCUCAUCGGCCGCCUCCGCGCCGCCUUCGAGGAGAACGGCGGCCACCCGGAGACCAACCCAUUCGGCGCACGAGCCGUCCGGCUGUAUCUCCGGGAGGUGAGGGACUCUCAGGCCAAGGCCAGAGGGAUCGCCUAUGAGAAGAAGAAGCGGAAGAAGGCACCGCAGCAAAGGGAGGUGGAAUCUUCGAUGAGUGAGUUGCAUGCAUCUCUGAGAUCGAGCUUUAACCAUAUGCGGCGCGAACAAAGUGAAGCUCUAGCCAUGGUGGCGGCUUCAUCAUCAGAAGCUCGAGGUUCCAUGAUUCCUCUAUCCGUGUUCAACUAGAAUUGGAAUUGGAAGCAUUUUGGUACAAAAUCAGUGAAGUCGUAUUACUAGCUAAUUGAUUAGCAGCAGCUGUAAAACUAGGGUUUGUAAUGUUUAAUUGUUGCAGUGUGACAUGAUUGUGUUUCUGGGUUUCGUCUGGGACUGGGUGAAUGGAGUACAUGAACAUCUGUGCUCAUGAACAUCAUUUUGCCUUUGUUUGAAAACGCAAAUAAUCGAGUUCUGAUUUGACGGCCCACUGGUGAAUAUCAAUCGGCAGUUCUAUAA